CAACAUGGCGGACAUGAAGUCAGUUGUUGUGCAUCAAGAUUUGCACUUCUUGGGUUAAUUUAAAUAACAAAACAUAGGACUUUUUCACUAGUAAAUUGCUUAAAUCAAUUUGUGCGCUAGAUGUAACAGUAGAAAGUUGUGACCGUGGUUAUUUCUUCGCCUCUGUGAUGUGAUUUUAGAUAUCGGGGCGAAUUGGUAAAGAGAAAUUCUGGUCUUUCACUUGGUAACUGGUCAAUAGUACUAUGCCGCGGCGCGGGACAGAGGCCGUGCAGCCGCCGGAACCCCCUAAAAAGAAACCUAAAGUGGUUUUAGAGCAACUUUCUUUGUUAUGUCCGAGCUUAGACGCUAGUUUUACCGACGACGAAGCCUUGCCGCCAGGUAUUGUGUUUUCGGACAUACAACAGAAGAAAUGGCGCAUUGGAAAGCCGAUAGGGCGCGGCAGCUUCGGUCGAAUUUACCUAGCGUCCGACAACGUGGACAAGGAGGUCACUAAGCUGAACGCCAACUAUGUGGUCAAGAUAGAACCGCACUCCAACGGCCCGCUGUUUGUGGAAGUGCAUUGUCUGAUUCGUACUUCACAAGUGGCAAAAAUAAAAGCAUGGCGCCAACAAAACCAACAGAAACGCAUUGGCAUGCCAGUAUACAUUGCAAGUGGAUCCUUCAUAGACAAAAAGAGUGGCAUGAAAUAUAGGUUCCUUGUCCUACCUCGCUAUGACAUAGACUUGCACAAAAUCAUCGCUCGGACCAAAGUACUAGACUUGAAGAAUGUUCUAGUACUCGCUCUGCAGAUACUCGAUGUCUUAGAGUACCUACACAAUCAGGGAUACACACAUUCGGAUAUAAAAAGCUCGAAUCUCAUGCUCGGAUUCGAGGGUGGCAAAAUAAAUAAGUUCCCUAUGGCAAAAACUUCACAAUCUUUCCAAAAAGAAACAAAAGAUGUAGCAGUCUUAUCAGGUAAACACAGGAGAGUCAAAAGUGGGAAGUCGAAAGCUUCAAACUAUUAUGAUGAUGAGGAUUUUGUGAUUAAAGACCCUAAAGGCUUAGAUCCUAACAAUAGUUGUGAUGAGAAAAGACUGGCCAGUGUUAAACAGCUAAGGAAAAUACUAAACGAUAGAGAUAGUAGGACUUUACAUAGGCAUCAUGCUUUCAAUCUCAGGCAGCUAUCUAGUUAUGUCAACUAUGAGGACAUGACUAGCUCAGUUUGCUCAGAUCAGUCGUACCAGAAGUUGCUUGAUGAUUUUGGCAAUAAAACUAUCAUUAGAACCACUGCAGAGUUCUAUGAAGAUGCGAAAAGGAAGAAAACUGAUAUAGCUAAUGAUGACGAAAUACAUAAAGAAGCGAUUCUAUCACAGUCAAACAGACAGAUUUAUUUACUGGACUAUGGCCUGGCUUCAAAGUUCCUAGAUUCCGAAGGAAAGCAUAAAGAUUUUGGCAUGGAUGCGAGGAAAGCUCAUGAUGGAACAUUAGAAUACAGCUCCAGGGAUUCUCAUAUUGGAGCUCAUUCUAGAAGGUCGGACCUUGAGACUCUCGGCUACAACCUGAUUGACUGGCUAACAGGAUCCUUGCCUUGGAAGACUACGGAAGUUCUCGCUGAACCUGAUUUGGUCCAUGCCUUGAAGAAAAACUACAUGAGUGAUUUAAAGUCGUUCUUAAAAACCAGCUUUAAAACCGAGUUUUAUCCCCAAUUCAUGGAGAAAUACUUGGAAUACGUCACCAGCUUAGAAUUUACAGAGAAGCCGGACUAUGACCACUGCAGACGCCUGUUCAAGAGUGAAUUAAUGAAGAAUGCAGACAAGGAAGUGUCUUUGAAGCUAGCUGAACCUCCAAAUUCACCAAUGGGCCGAAAAUUGUAUUGUUCAAGAAGGUUUGGCAGGAAGAAUACUCCAGCAGACUUUUUAUCUAGAAGCGGUAUAAAGAAAAGCUUUGAAAGAGAGAAUGUGUGCUCACUUGAAAAUGACCUGAAGUUGGAAUUGUUAAAGCAAACUAUCAAUAUAUCCAGUGAGGGAAUAAGAAAGCCAUGCACUUCCAGAAACUUCUUUGUUUCCGAUUCGGAUUUGAUCUCUCGUCUGAAAAAGUCGCUCAUGCCUCAUGACAUUUUGGGCAAAAAGUUGUCCCCGAAAAACUUACGAUCAAAGAAAAAAGUGCAGAAACGCAGAGGCAAAAGAACGCACAGAAGUAGCCUUGGGAAGUUCGGGAAUUUCAUGGGUUCCGCUAAACAGUUUACUUGGGCCGAAAUAUUAGCUCAAAAUCCAGAGGAUAUUAUUCGUAAGGAGCGUAACACAGCCAACAGUGAUGAAGAUGAUGAUGAGGAUACCUGUAAAUACAGGAUCAGGAAACUGUCAGAAGCAUCAUCAGAAGGUAGCGACUCCCUGCAGUCCCCGCUCAUGCAAAAAGAUUAUAUGCAAGGUGUGAAAUGGACACCAGCUAUGAAAGAAGUCUUAGCUAACUUUAAGAAAAGGCUUGCAGGCAAAGCUAAAGACACCGAAGAGAUACCGGAAGAACUCCAAGGAUAUACUCCAGCGAUGGUUAAAAUUCAUAGGAUUAAAGAAAAGAGAGAAGAGAAAGAGAUCGAAACUGUCAAACAAGUCAAAGAGAUGCCUUCGGAGCCUGUUACAAGAACUACCAGGUCAAUGAGAAAGAAAGUAGGAAAACCGAAGACUGAAGUUAAGACUAGAAUGAAUAAAAGUAGAGUGGAUAGCGUUAAGAUAAAGGAAGUUAAAGUUGCUAUUGAGAAGUUGGAUGUGAAAAAGAUUGAGCCAAAAACGAAGUCAAAGGCUAAGAAGAAGGAAGUUAAGAUUGUUGAACGCCCAAAGUCUCCCGCGAGCAAGAUCAAAAGGUCAUCACCAAGCAGAUCAACUAAAUCUUCAAGAAACAGAGAGACCACCAUUCCUAACAACAGACGCCGCCUCCGGAGCAGCAAGCGAAGCGCUUGACGCUGCGACUGUUGUCAAACCGACUCCAUACAUUAUGACUCCAUUCAACCGCUAUAAAAUAAAAUAACCAUAUUUAAUAGCCCAUAUAAAUAAUAGGGAUACACGCAUAAAUUAGUGCGAAAUAUUGAAACCCUAUUGGAUAGUGCACGUCAAAUACGAGCGCUCGAUAAUCGUAUUAUGUCCGUACAUUGUAAUGCCCCGUGCCGUUAUCAUGCCGUACAGGGUCCACCGCGAAAACCAAAAUUAGCAAAAUACUAGGAUCUUACUCUUUUACUCCAAUGAAGGCGUAAUGGGGUUGACAACUGUCAAAGGUUUGCUUGCAUAGAUGGCGCCAUCAUAGCUUGCCCCAUUUUCUAUGAGAUUUGGCUUAAAGAACUGGCAUCCAAGGCAUAAAAUUUAAUUAAAAUAAAAAAAUUAACACAAUUUUAUAGAUAUUGACAGGGCAAGCUAUGCUGGCGCCAUCUGCUAAAUAUUUCGACCGGCCAACCCCAUUAGAGUGACAAAGGUGCCCGCAAUUUGCGACCUUCGAUUUUUCGCGGUUAUUGAGCUCUUUAACCAUCAAAUGUGCGGGCAAAAUAUGUUGCACUAUUUUACGCGUCUUUAGUAUUCUAUUAUUUACGUCUCUGCUAAGUGUGUACUCAAUUUUUGGCCUCGACAGAUAAAAAAAGGGACUUCCGGUUCGAGCGCCAUCUUGAUAGUUAGCAUCGUGAUUAAUUACUUUGUUUUUUGCUCAUUAAUAUUGUUUAAAGUGUAAUAUCGAUAGCUUAUUAUACAGUAAACUAAUGUGGUAGUGUGCAGUGAAUGGAGAAUUAAUUUUGAAGUGCGUUUAACCACCAUCUUGGAGUCAACGGCCGGUAGUCCACGUGCUUCUUGUAAAGUCUAGCUAUCGAUUUACAAGAGCUAACAAAUCACCGUACACUGUCUUGUACAACCGUACAAUUUUUGUCGUUUUUAAACCUCUUAAUACCUUGAUACUGGCGAAAUAGUCCCACUGGGCUGAAGCCAUAAUUUUAAAAGAAGAAGAAGAAGAUAAAAAAAGGUAUCAACAUAACCUUUAAAUUAUUUUUAUGUUAUAAAAUGUAUUGAGUGAACUUAUCUUUAUCUGCUUGGGGCUAUAGAUAUUUGUCUCUUAUUAUGUACAGUCAGCUAAACUAUUAGCUUAGCACCCCAGGGCUUUAAGGUGCUAAGCUUAUACUUUUUGCAUCGUCGGUUUUUGUGAUUUACGGCGGUUGACUGUUUUCUGCAAGGUUUAUCCACAAAAUAAAGUUAUGUAGGCAUUUAUGAGGCCUAAGCCUUUAUACUUUAUUUACAUGCAAAUGAUGAUGAUGAUAAUGAUGAUGAUGACAUGCAAAAACGUUGUAAUAUAUGACAAACGAACAGCUGUAAAGAACCUCAAAAAUGCUUUUAAGUUAAACAACCAAUUUUUUAACAAUAAAUAUUAUAAAAGUAUUUUUAACAAUAAAUAUAAUAAAAGAAUCAUGGCAAAGUGGAAAUUAUGUCGUCAUGAGUUUAACACAGAGGAGUUUACUUUGGAGGAAAACACAAAAAUAUCAAUUGGCAGAGAUUACGACGAUAAAAUAACGUUGUCGAGCAUAGUGAUAUCGAGAAAUCAUUGUUAUAGAAGCACAAAAGACCGCAUUUUAAUUACAGACUUAAAAAGCUCUAAUGGCACCUACAUUGGGAGUAAAAAAAUACUCGUUGGAGCUACAAUAUCUGACAAACAUAAUGAUUUAAUAGCUUUUGGAUGAACAACAGGAGCGGUAUU